AUGGCCUCCAAAUUAUUGAUCAAUGAAGUUGUGUUUGAAAUUCAAGAAUUCAGGGAGAGGUUUGUUGGUCAUGGCCUUGGCAUUCAGGUUCGGUCAGUUUUGACACCUGGUGGCCAGGGGAGUUCGCAAGUUUCAGGUUCAAGCCAAUUGUCGUCAAAGGAUGCAUUUCUUUCAAAAGCUGAAGCAAAGACAAUCUCUGAGAUUAGCAACAUUUCUGAGGAAAUUGUUUGUGUUACUACUGGCUCCAUUAAUAGAAUUGUUAUGGAUAACCAUUCAUGGUGUUAUUCAGCUUGCAGUUACUGCUACAAAAAAACUGAUGUUGAGACAGCAGCAUUCACAUGUGCAUGUGGCAAACAUAAUGAUCAACCUGUGCUAAGGUAUAGACUUGAGGUGAUGGUCAACUACAAGGAGGAAAGCACAAAAUUUUUGCUCUGGGACUGUGAAUGCACUGAGUUGAUUGGACCAUCAGCUAAUGAAGUUAACAAGCUGAAAAUUGAAGAGGGUGAUGUUGAUUUAAAUGUUUCUCCUCAAGCCCUUGAUAAGUUGCUGGGUUAUGUCCUUGCAUUUAAAGUCAAAGUUCAACCCAAGUUUAACAAUGUUGUUGUUCUUAGAUACUCAAAUGACAUAGAUUUGAUCAAUGAUGUGGUGGAGAUGCUGCCUGAUGCUGAGGCAAUUUCCAAGGUUCAUGGUCCUAUUUUUGACUCCGAUAAUCCUCCGAUGAUCCUUCCCAACUUGAAUCUGUAA